AUGCUCCCAAACCUGGGCCAAGUGCCACUCUUGGCCAUUGUGUGUAUAGCAUUAUCAGGUAUGUUUUCUAUUUUUUAUCUUUUUUAUUUUAUAGAAGAUACGGGAGUUAUAAUAUUACGUUGUUCAAAUAAUUCUGUGCCUCUUCUCAAAGCGAAUUUUUGAGAUUAGAAGACACAGAAUGAUUUGAACAACAUAGUAGAUAAACUGGGCCAUUGAGAGGUCACUUUAAGGUAUCAGUGAAAACCUCUACCUGUUAGACUUGUAAAAGGGUAGAGCCCAGUUGUUUUGUGAGUGCUACAGUUUUUCCUUAAAUGUACUAAAAGUCUUUUGAAAGUAUAAAAAUGCUAUUUUACAAGCUAGUGCGUUGCCAUAAUAAUUUUCAUCAUAAUAAUCUUCUGAGGGGUUAGAUUAGUAACCUAUACUCAUACAUUUCAAGGUUAUGACUUUUUGAUUACUCUGUGAAACGUUCGCUGUUCUUUUACUCCUACGCAAUAGUCUAAAAAACAGUUUUGACAUCGGAGAAAGAACUCUGACUUUUAAAGAUACUUUUUGAUGAAAAAACUGUAUACUCAAACGUAUAAGGUUUUUUACAUAGUAAAAAAAUUAACAAACAGAAAUAAAAACGUAUUUUUUAUCUUCGUCAUAAUCAUUAUUUGGUUUAAAAGGUUAGAAAUCAAUUUUUUCGAUUAAUAUAAUAAUAAAAGCUUUGUAUGACACAGUAUGUACAAUAUAUUAGUUAUUUUGUUUGUUUUUUCUUAUUUGCCAAUACUGUCAUCUAAUAAUUAAUAUAAUUUUCGUUACCGAACAAACAUUGCUUUGUAAAUUAACUUUGACUCAUUGUAAAAACGUUUAAAACGUACCUCAAACGAACUAAUAAGCAAUUAACUUCUUUUUUUAUAAAUAUUUAACAAAUUGCAACUUUUGAACUUUAAAAAAUGACUUUUGAUAUUAUUAGGUUGUUCAAUACAUUCUGUGCCCCACUCUUAAAAUUUUCUUUGAAAGAGAGCACAAAAUUAUUUGAACAACUGAAUAUGUGCAAUGAAAAAAUAAUGCUUGAAAUCUUCAGCAAACGUUAUUGCAAGACACAAUUAUCAAGCAACUUUUAGCAACUACUUAAGAGAGCAACAUUUUUUUGCGUAUAAAAAGUUUAAUCCAAAUUCUAUACACGCUGCGCCCAAACUUCUAUUUUUUUUGCAAAAAAUAGCUAAAAUUUUGUUGAAAAAUACAAAAUCUUGUUGAAUAGAGACAUUAUAUCAAGAAUAUUUAUUAAAAACUAAUGAUUAAAGAAUAUUUUCAGUAGUACAAGGAUCAGACGACAACCCAGUGACACGAAACUUUAGUUGUCAGCCAAAUGGGUGUUGUGAUCAGCACGAAUGGUGCAGAUUCUGGGCAUCGAUGGGCGAAUGCAGGACGAACAGGAAUUGGAUGGAGAGGAACUGUCAAUUGGCUUGUGGCAGUUGUCGCAAAGGUAAGUUUGACUUUAAAUUUAAUUUUUUUAGAGAUUUUUUGAAAUUUUAAAGUUUAAAAAAGUUUUGAAAUUUAAAAAUAUUUUUUUUUGAAACUUUGAAGUUUUUUCAAUUCAAGGAGGUAAAAUACUAUCUUCAAGAGUUUUUUUAAAUCAAAGAAUGAAAAUUAAAAUUUUUAUUAAAUUAACCUUUAAAAGUAUUUAGGUAACAAAGUAAAGUUUAGUAGCUGCAUAGUAAGAGAAGCAAUGAUUUACGAGUUAUGUAAUCGAGAAUCGAAAAACAGGUUUAAAUUGUCAUUUUAAACUUAUUUCCACAGAAUUGAGAUAGGUGUAAACUGGGAAACUACUGCUUAAAAUGUUUUUAAACUGUUUUUUUGUGGAAAAAUCAAACAGUCAAGGUCAAAAAAUGGAAAAUUGUAAAAUACGGAAAAUUAAGUAAAUUGUAUAAAAUUUUAAGCUAUUAACUCAAUAUUUCAAAGGAGAUUUCAGUUUUUCCAAGAAAAAAGAACAAAAAAUUUUUAAAAUACGAGAAACUUGCCAUGGAUAAUAUAAAAUCUCUUUCAGCUCCAUUCAUCCGCCCAACCACUCGUCCAACAACCUUCAGGACAGGAGCCCCCUCGCCAGCUCCAACUACACCCAGAAGGACCACUAGGCCUGCUACUACCACAAGAAGGAUAACAUUCCCUCCGGCUACUACAACAACCACCAGGAGGACCUUCCCGCCAACCACCACUACGACAACUCGAGCCACUACUAGGACCACUUUUACUACUCCUACUACGACUAGGACCACAACGACACAAUUCACAACUGCACCAGCUUCGAAUCCGCUAGCCAGAUGUAGACAGAUCAGGAAUGAUCCUAGUCUAGCCGCUGAGGUUUUGAUUCGGGAGAGAUUGGUCUUCUCUAAAGAAGGUGAGGACGGUGCUAGAUAUAGUAAUAGCAUUUACAAAACGGCAAAUGUUAAUAUAGGUUAAUAUAUUAACAUGUACUAAACAUAAAUCAUUUCAGACACCUCCGGUCGUCGCACGAUGAUGGGUAUGGACAAGCUGAUCCGUUCCAACGUCGCCAAUGCUUGUGUACCCAGACUGGACGAUGCUGAAUGUGAACGAUCGUUGUGCUACAACAUGUUCUUCAGAACGAUGGAUGGAACCUGCAACAACUUCAAUCAGCCUUUGAAGGGAGCUGCUUUCCGACCUUAUACUAGGCUGAUGACUCCUGAGUACGAUGGUGGACUCAGCGAGCCUGUUUGUAGGUUUAUACCGAUUUAUAUGAAUUUUUAGGUACAGUAGGCUAAUAUUCGGUUGUUCAGAUAAUUAUGUGCCCUCUAUUAAAGCAAAUUUUUGUGGUUAUGGGGCACAGAAUUAUUUGAACAACCAAUAUUAUAAAAAAAUAAAAAUAAGGGUGACGUACAAGAUCUUUUCAGCAUCCCUUCGAGUUACCCGCCCCAGCCCUCGUGAAGCCAAUCGUGCCAUUCUUUCGACAUCAAAGGCCGUCCUCACUCAAGACUUCAACUCUUUGUUGAUGCAGUUUGGCCAAUUCAUUGUGCACGAUAUGGCCAAGACCACGUUGGUACCAUCAGCCAAGUGUAAUGUGUGCCAGAACAUCCCUGGCAGAUGUAUGGCUGUGUUUGUCACUCCACAAGAUCCCAACCCAAGCUUCAGAAGAGACGUCUGUAUUAGGGUGUCGCGAUCUUCAGCCAUCUGUGGGUCUGGAAGAACGAAGCCAAGGCAACAGCUGAACGAGAACACUGGCUACAUUGAUGCGUAGGUUAUGGUUAAUAUACUGUGAUAUUAUUAUGACUACAGUAAUAAACUGUCAUUUACAAGGGUAAAAAGUCAUGUCGUCAAUUUGUUUUGAUUCUCGUGCUCAAAAACGACAAGAUUUUUUUAAACUUUAAAUAUAAUACUAUGAUUAACAUAAAAUAUUGACCAUGCCAACACACCUUACAACCUCAUUUUAGCUCCCCGAUCUACGGCUCCUCAAUCGAAGACAUGCACAAGUUCCGCGACGGCAACACCGGCUUCCUCAAGACCCAGAACUUCAACGGCCAAAAGACGUUGCCAUUCGACACAGCCCAAUGUCGCAACCGAAACGACUGUAAAGCCGUCUUUGUCGCCGGAGAUUCUCGAGUCAACCUCUUCCUCGGCCUCACCUCAUUCCAUCUGUUGCUGACGAAGGAACACAACCGGCUGGCAGCAAUGCUACAAAGAAUCAAUCCUCAUUGGAGUGGCGACCGACUGUUCCAGGAGGCUAGGAAGAUUGUCGGAGCUGAGGUUCAAGCUAUUGUGUAUCGUGAAUACCUACCUAAAGUAUUGGGUUCGGCGUUUGCGUCUACUGUGGGGCAGUAUAGAGGAUACAAUCCUAACAUUGACUCGACCAUUGUUAAUGAAUUCACUGCUGGAGCUCAUAGGUUUGGGCAUGGGUUUAUUCAGGUAGGGCAACGGGAGGAGGUUUGGGCUUGGAGAGGAAAUGUUAUUGCUCUUGUGUUAAUGCAUCGGGGAGGACGGCAGGGUGUUAACCUAAUAAAAAUAAAGCUAUAUUAUUAUAGGUUGUUCAAAUAAUUAUGUCUCUUAACCUCGAAAAUUUGCUUUGAGAAGGGGCACAGAAUUUUUUGAACAACUUACUUUGAUAGUAAUGCCAUUAUUAACAAUAGUACGAUCUAAAAACUAAAUUAUUAUCGCUUUUAUAAUCUGAAACACAAAAUUUUAGGAAUUCUACCCCCGUCUAGACCAGUUCAACCGCUCCAUCCCUCAAGGUGGCUACAACUUUGUCCAAGGAACGUUACAUUCGGAACGCUUUGUCUUCGAAGGUGGAGCCGAUCCAAUCCUAAGAGGCAUGAUGUUCACACCAUUGAAGCGACCUCAACGUCUGACACCUUCUAUCACUGAACAAAUGUUCGGCAGUACUGACCUGGGUACGAUCAACAUUCAACGUGGCAGAGAUCACGGUCUUCCACCGUACAUGAAGUUCAGAAAAUUGUGUGGAUUGAGCUCACCUACCAACUUUGAUGGGGUAGGUGAAUUGGUUUUUGGAUUUUUUUAUUGAAAGGUUUUAAAAUUUAAAAAAAAUGUAAAUAACAAGGAAGGAGCCCAACUUUUUCACUUCUGAUUGACUUCAAACUUUUUAUAUAGAAAGGUCAUUUUAGUGUAAGAUCUAGAGCAAAUAGGCACUUUCUAGGAAAUUCCUAGAAGAUCAAGAUCAAAAAAUUACGUUUUGAAUUUCUCGCCAAAUUGUCAUUGUGUUUCAAGCUUAUAACUUUGUCAUUUUUUACUUUAAUCAAUUUUUCUUUGAUAUACUAGUAGAAAACCUUUAAAUGGACCUACAUUUUUAAUUUUGUAAGCGUAGCUUGUAUGGAAAAUCAAGCAAAAAGGACUUGAAACACAAUGCCAAAUGUUCCAAAUUGGCGGGAAACUCAAAUAUUUCAAAUUUAAAACUCAAAAGCGCGAGCUAAGCUUUUUUAUGGGUACUAUUAGUGGUACAAUGAAUUCAUAUAAAAAUAUUAAGUUGAUUCUGAGUGGGGAAAGUUAGGUACUUGCUUUGUAAAUUCAGAAAAAAGUGUUUGAUACGAUUUUCAUGUGUAAAAUUUCAGCUGUCACGAGAGAUUCUAUCAGAAAACGCAAGAAACAACCUUCGAAGGAUCUACGGGUCUGUAGGUAAGUAAAAAUUUUAAAAAAAACUAAACUAAAUGUGCCAAACUAUAAUAUUAAAUAUGCCAAACUAUGCCAUCACGGAAGUAUCAUGAUAAAAUACGGAGAAAAAAAAUGAGUGAAAUAUUCUUAAAUUUCCAAAAUCACCUUAACUUAAAUAAAUCUAAUGACAUAUUCAGACAAUGUUGACUUCUACGUCGGAGCAGUACUAGAAGACCCAGUCGUACGAGGUCUGAUUGGUCCUACUUUGUCUUGUGUUGUUGGCCCACAAUUUGCUCGAACGAGAGAUGGAGAUCGGUAAGUUGUGUUUUUUUACUAUCGUCGGUCUCAAAGUCUCUAGAACUUUGUUUCCUACUAUUUUCGGUCAAAAAACCUUUAGCAUGCCUUAAGUACGUACUAUAUCAAAAUUACCGGUAAUAUAAACCCAAUUUCCUUCAGAUUCUAUUUCGAAAACCCGGGAAUUUUCACGCGGGCGCAGCUCGCCGAAAUCCGCCGUUCCUCAUUGUCUCGCAUCAUCUGCGACAACUCGGACACGAUCAACACGGUGCCGCGCGAAGCGUUCCGUCUACAGCCGGUGGUGGGUUGUAACGAGAUCCCUCAGAUGGAUCUGACCAAAUGGAGAGAAUAA